GGUUUAGGUGGGAGAGAGAAAAGGAGGAGGAGUUGGAUAUCCUUGUAUUCUCAAAAAAAAAAAGUUGGAUAUCCUUGUUCCUCCGUUCCCCUUACCUCGCGCCGCCGCCACCGGACCAACCCACAACAAUCCAGUCCCCUCUGUCUCUCCUUGGCCGCCUGCGAUGGCGCGGGUGUCCAACCCUUGCCAUCCGGAUCUCCGGAUCUACGAGCCGAAUUUCGCUUCCGAGCAACCCCGGCUCAAGGAAGAGUCUAAGUCCAGAUCUUAUCUGCUGCAGAAAAUCCGCUCCUACUACGGCAAGGCGCAGAAGCUGCUCGGGCGCAGCCACCGCCUGCAGGGCCUCUGCGUCGGCCUCCUCGACCCGGCAUCCAACAUCGUGAUCAACAGUCUCAUCGAGCGCAAGCACGAGCGCGAGCGCGACCGCGACCAUAGAUCUACCACCUGCGAGGUUGUGGUAGAGGAUGACCUGAAGCGCCGGUCGCUUGACGGCAUGGUUGUCUUCCUCACCCGCUUAUUCCCCAACCUGUCGGAGGGCCUGGCCGUGCGCUACCUGCGACUCGCCAAGGCGGACGUCCUCAUUGCCGCCUGCAUCGUCGUGUCGGAUCAGUGCAUCGAGGGUUUCGAUGCCUCCGGCCCAGACGUCAUCAACAUGGCCCUCAGGUGCGCCGGGCUGGCCGCCAGGCACCCCGACGCCUACCGCUUCGUCUUCUCCUGGUGCAACAUCUCCAGCCGCAUAGACGACGCCCUGCGCCUCCUCGCCGCGUUGCACGAACCGCAAAGGUUGCGCCGCUCUGACGCCAUUAUUAAGCUCGUCCAUAUGCUUAACUAUGAACCGCCGUCCCGUGAAAGAGAUGUGUGGCUUGUGUGGCGGCUCGCAGAAGCUUCUUUUCGCCGUCGUCCCCGCAGCGCGCCGCAACUGCACACCAACUUGCUCAACCGGACGCUCCAGGACACCAUCCACGGGUACUACCUCCAGGCCCUUGCCCUGCUGCCACCAGGCUCUCGCUUCCACCGCAGCCUGAUUAAGGCCGGCUACUGCUACGGCCCGUUCGACCCCGUCUCCAACAUCAUCAUCAACACCAUCUGGUAUGAUGCCAAUUUCCCACCCUCCAUGAAACUCGAGCUGGAUGUCAUGGGCACGCGGAGCCUCCACAGGGUGGAGAACCGCUCCUUGUACGGCAUGGUCUCCUUCCUCUGCACACGUUACCAUGAACUUGAUUUCCAUCAAGCCGUGCGCUGCCUGCUCCAGGCAGAUGCCAACCUUGUGCUCGCUGAUCCCAACCUUGUGACUGAUACUAACCUUGUCUACGACUUUGGUAUCGUGAGAGAUGUGCUGAGGCAUGGACCAGCCUCUGCCUUUCGUUGCAAGCUCCAAACUCAAGCCCCCCCCAACACUGGUCUCACUGUAGGACACCCGGACACUGGUAUUGAGGAAGCCUUCUUGGCCGCCGCCACCGCGGCCUGUCACCCCAACCCAGACGCUCAAGCACAGCUUCUCACUUCUUGUUGCAAGGUGGACCCGAGUCCUGUCUUGUCUCUGCUGCCUAUUGACUCUCACAAGCUCUCCUUUCAAGAUUUAAGCCUGCUUGCCAGGUUUCUAUCUUGCAAUCCCCUCUAUGAGUAUGACAAGGCACUUCCACUUCCCCCAGUCCCCCUCAAAUGUUACCCACGUGCAGAGCUAGCGAGCCUGUAUACAGUCAUCUCCAAGGAGGUCAAUGCUCUGCUGAAUAAAUAUCAACAGAUGCCAAACGGGGAUCCCAAGUUCAAGCUUCAUAUGAUUUGUGUUGUGAAUGAUCGGGUCCGCGGCCCUGCUCCAUGGCCUCCUCAUCGCCAUGGCCACUCUCACGUCAACUUCGUGGCUACUUCCAAAAGCCCUGGUGGUGAAGCUCCUACUUUAUUUUUUGCUGAAAUUAAUGCUGACAACCGAAGCAUGUCCUUCUGUUGCCCUGUGGAUCUGCCGCCGCCAUGUGCUGCGCAAAUUCCUUGUAUUUACUGUGAAUCCAUGGGGACUCGAAUUGUGCAUCCGGUCGGGAUACACUUCACUGGGCGUGACUCGGAGUUUGAGAACAUGGCCUGUGAAAAAGACCCCCUUGGGUGUGUGUAUGCAACCAUGAGAAUCAUCAACCAUAGGCGUGGCAUGGCGGAGAGCGUCCAUGUUAACGUGAAAGAAGAUAGCCUCUAUGAUGGCAUGGAUGGGCACAAGAGUAAGUAUGACAUCGAGACGGGUUCCUUGAGCAUGAAAGAAUACGUGUUAUUGAUACCAGCUUUGAUAUGACCCCUUGUGAUAUAAAUACCGAGGUCAUUGUUGUUUUGCCUGAAGCCGGUGUUGUCCAAAAAUACGCUACAUAUACAUCGGAAUACCUGAUGACAAGUUACAACGAUGAACAAGAAUUACUCGUUAUUCCUGUGAAGCACACUACAUGGUUCCAGCUAGAAGGGCUGAGAGAGGACAAGAAAUUCUACGUGUUUCCAGGCAAAAAUGCAUGCACGUACAAAUAUUUUGGAGGGCUUGGUUUGCAUGAUACACACGAAGGUUCAUGUUCAUUAAUAGAUGAUCAAGGCAUUAAGGAGAAGGUUGCAGAUUUCCUAUUUCUAUUCUUCCCACACAAAGAGAAGUUCCAGGCAGAAGCGAGCAGGACGUGUGAUGCAUGGCGUUUACUUUCCUUGAAAGAAGUCGGUUGGGGUCCACCUGAAGAUCGAGAUGCACUAGAAGAUGCAUGGCGCACCAAUCCAAUUAGAGUCCAUAAUCAUCCCGAUGGUAGAGUCCAAAUUAGGUUAAAGUUUCCUUUUAUUUUAUUGUUUGGCCGUGUAAGUCGUAUAGGGAUAUAUUUGUUUUUUUUAGACUUGUUAUAACGUGUGUGCGAGAGGGCAAUAGGCCAAUUAGUGUCCGGCUAUUAUAUAUAGCUAUGGGGCGUUCAUUGUACGGGCAGGUGAUAUUUUUAUGAAAUAGACACGAUGUGUUUUUCAGGGUA